AUGGCGUCCGGAUCUUCAGGUCGGGUAAACUCAGGCUUCGAUUUCGGACCCGAUGAUAUCCUCCGCUCUUACGACGACUUCACCAACCAAGACUCCUCUAACGGCUCCAACUCCGAUCCUUCCCUCUCCGCUACCAACAAGGAGUUUCACAAGACUAGGAUGGCGAGAUCAUCGGUGUUCCCUACGAGCUCGUACGGUCCACCAGAGGAUUCUUUGAGCCAAGACGUUACUGCUACUGUUGAAAGAACCAUGAAGAAGUAUACUGAUAACGUGAUGCGUUUUCUCGAAGGCAUUAGCUCACGUUUGUCUCAGCUUGAAUUGUAUUGUUACAAUCUUGAUAAGACGAUUGGUGAAAUGAAAUCGGAUUUGAGUCGGGAUAAUGAGGAGGCUGAUGGCAAGCUUAGAUCUAUGGAGAAACAUCUCCAAGAGGUGCGUAGGUCGGUACAGAUUCUUAGAGACAAACAGGAGUUGGCUGAUACUCAGAAGGAUUUGGCGAGGCUUCAGGUUGUGCAGAAAGAUUCGUCUUCUCCGUCUCACUCUCAGAAGAGUGAGGAGCCUGUUGUAGAGUCUAAGAAGAGUGAGAGCAACACCUCUGAUGCACGUAACAAUCAGCUUGCACUUGCUUUGCCUCACCAAGUAACUCCACAACCACCAGCGCCGCCACAACCACAGCAGCAACAGUACUACAUGCCUCCUGCUCCACAGGUUCAAAACACUCCUCCACCAGUUCCUGCACCACCGGCGCAGACUCAGUUCAUGCCGCCACCUCCUGCUCCAGCUCACCCAAGCUCAGCACAAACUCAGUCGUUCCCGCAGUACCAGCAAAACUGGCCUCCUCAGCCGCCGCAGGCGAGGCCACAGUCCAGUGGAGGCUACCCAACAUACUCGCCUGCACCACCAAGCAACCAAGCUCCAGUUGAACCAUCGCCAAGCAGCAUGCAGAUGCAAUCACAAUACGGUGGUCCUCCUCAGCAAGCAAUGCAAGGUUACGGAUACGGUGCGCCACCACCUCCAUCACAGGCUCCUCAGCAGACGAAGAUGUCUUAUAACCCCCAGACAGGCGAUGGGUAUCUACCUUCAGGACCUCCUCCUCCUCCUGGGUAUGCCAAUGCCAUGUAUGAAGGUGGGCGGAUGCAAUACCCACCACAUCAGCCUCCUCCUCCUCCGCAGCAAGGCCAUUACAUGCAAGGCCCACAAGGAGGUGGCUACCCUCCUCAGCAGCAUCAACAAGGUGGUGGUAACAACACAGGGACACCACCUCCUGUUCUAAGAUCAAAAUAUGGUGAACUGAUAGAGAAGCUAGUGAGCAUGGGUUUCAGAGGAGAGCACGUGAUGAGCGUGAUUCAGAGGAUGGAGGAGAGUGGCCAGCCUAUAGAUUUCAACGCACUGCUUGACAGAUUGAGUGCGCAGUCCUCAGGAGGGCCUCCUCCCAGAGGGUGGUGA